AUGUUCGUGAUGCCAGCCUCUUCAGAGUUAAACAGUGGGCAGAGCUUCCUAACCCAGUGGAUGACCAAUCCUUCUCGGGCUGGGGUCAUAUUAAAUCGUGGAUUUCCUAUUUUGGAAGCAGACGAAGAGCAGCGAGCAAGUGUGAACAUUUCUACCAGCUUUCCUGUUAAAGCCACGCAUUUUUCAGAUAGCUUCACCUUUAUAAGUGAAGAAGAUUCACUUCAUGAAGAACAGAAGUUGGACUCUAACAGCCCUUAUAAACUACAAUCAAAUAAGUCUGAAACACAUGCAGUGUUUCCUUUAACUAAAGAGGAACCACAAAUAGUGGCAUGUCAGGGUGCUCCUGGACACUGGGAAGAAAACAAAAAUGACAUUGUCUCAGAUCUUUCAAGUGAAUGCAAAGAAGUGCCUUAUAAAGACCCACUUUUUAAAAAGCUUGAACAGCUGAAAGAAGUACAACAGAAGAAGCAGGAACAGCUGAGGAGGCAGCAUUUCGAGCAACUACAGAGACUUCUGGAAGAACAAGAGAAGCUGCUCACUACUGUGUCUGGGCACCAACCACUCCAAGGUUUAACCCUACUGCCUGAUGGUCAGAGCCAGAAGUAUAGAUCUCCAGGAAAUUCAACCACUGUAGAGAAAACCUCGCCCUUCCUACCGUCACAUGUCUACCAGAAUCAAACCCAAGAAAAAACACACACUUCCAACAUUUUAUCUGAUGAACAAAACAACUUCUGUAGAACUACUCAUCCAGAUUUUGUCUUAACUGCAAAAACUGGUGCUCCUCUCACUUUGUUUUGUGAGGCACAAUAUCAAGAAGCACUUGUGAAAAACAAUGAUUUGAAGGAAGAAAACCAUGACUAUCCUAUAGGAGAAGGUGUUUCACCAUGUUGGGAGAAAGUGGCCGAACCUAUUCAGGAAGGGAAAGAUGUGAAUGUAAAAAAAAUUGGUGAUUCUUCAGAAGUGGCUAAUAUUGAAGAAAGGCCUAUUAAAGUUGCUAUCAGAGAGAGGAAACAGACAUUUGAAGACUACUUAGAAGAACAAAUUCGACUGGAAGAACAAGAACUGAAACGAAAACAACUAAGGGAAGCAGAAGGAUCAUUGCCAAUCAAAGCAAAGCCAAAACAACCAUUCUUGAAACGAGGAGAAGGUUUAGCUAGAUUUACUAAUGCUAAAUCUAAGUCUCAGAAAGGGAGAGAAAGUAAACUAGUGCCUAAUCAGAGCAUUUCAGAGGACCAGCCUGUGUUUAAAAUGGAUAGACAGCAAUUCCAGCGGAAAACUGCUCUAAUAAACAAAGAACUGUGUACAGAGAACCCUCCUGUUAAAAAGAACAAUAAAGCUAGGGCCAGCAGUGGUUUUGUCACACUUAGUCAGAAGCCAAAAGUGCUUAAGGGUAACAACAGGAAAAGUCUUUCUCCAUCAGGAUUGAAAAUACUGGCAGGGAAGAAAUGUGAUGGGCAAUUUAGAGACCAGAUCAAAUUAGAAAAAAAAGUUGAAUCUAAUAGUAGAGAAAUGCCCGAGUGUGCAAAACCUUGUGAUGUUGGUUGCAAAGUCUGGAAUAAGACACCAGGUAGAGACAGACUUCCUCUUUCAGCAGGGCUGGUCAGCUGCAUGGCUUCUAAGAGCCCAAUAAAUGAGACCUUGAAUAAGUCAGAAUCUUCUCUAGACAUUUCUCUUCAGAAAAAGUUAGAAAAGUGGGAACGAGAAAAGGAAAAGGAAAAUUUGGAGUUAGAUGAAUUUUUGUUUUUGGAGCAAGCUGCUGAUGAAAUAUCAUUUUCCAGUAAUUCUUCAUUUGUACUGAAAAUCUUAGAGAGGGACCAGCAGGUCUGCAAAGGGCACCGGCUGUCUUCCACCCCUGUCAAAGCCGUACAGCAGGAGAAGAUGGUGACACUGGAUCCCAUUCUUCAGUGUAACCACAAUGAGGCUCCAGACUGUCCUGAACCUGAUAAUGUGUGUGAGUGCGAGGUCGCACCCAAACAGACUGAUUCAGUGUCCUCACCUGAAGCACAUAGGGAACAGUCUUGUAAAGUCAGUAGGAAAGCAUUCCAAACUAGCACUUCUGAAAAUCAGACUCGGUGGAAUGUAGGUGAUGACGAAGGUGCCAUGGACAGUGACAGUAGCACCGACUCUGAGGAACAACUUGAUGUUACCAUAAAACCAUCAACUGACGAUAAAGAGAGGGGUUUCAGCAGCAGAGAAGACCGUCCACAGGUCUGUGAUGGUAAGGGGCCUUUUAGGGACACUGGGAUGCAAGAAGAUCAAAGGAGAGAUGUUGAUUUAGAUUUGUCCGAUAAAGAUUACAGUAGUGAUGAGUCUGUCAUAAUAGAAAGCUUGAAAAACAAAGUUUCUGAGUCCUCAAGAAGACCCUCAUCUGUAAGUAUGAGUAAAAUUGACUUUGACGAUGAAAGAACUUGGACUGACCUUGAAGAGAAUUCAUUUAAACAUGAUGCUGUUCUUGGGACAGAGGUCACUAAUGGGACUCCUCAGACAGCCUACCCUAAUAAGAGUGAAAUAUGUGUACCAGACAAAGCAAUAAAAAGGAAGGUCGCACCAGUCAAGAAGGGAGAAGACUUGAGGAAAUCCAGUAGGAGCACAAGCCCUCCUCCUACGUCAGAUCUCAUGAUGAAAUUCUUUCCUGCUUUGAAACUGAAACCCAAAUCAGAUUCACACUUGGGAAGUGAACCCAAGUUAAACCCAAGUCAAGACCAACCACCUGGUGACAGUGCUCGAUCUCAAGUUUUGAGAGAGAAAGUAAUUGAAUUGGAAACAGAAAUAGAAAAAUUUAAAGCUGAGAACACAUCUUUAGCUAAACUUCGCAUUGAACGGGAAAGUGCCUUGGAAAAACUUAGGAGAGAAAUUACAGACUUUGAACAACAGAAAGCAAAAGAAUUGACUCGGAUAGAAGAGUUUAAAAAGGAGGAAAUGAGGAAGCUACAAAAGGAACGGAAAGUUUUUGAAAAGUAUACUACAGUUGCAAGAACUUUUCCAGAUAAAAAAGAACGUGAAGAAAUACAGGCUUUGAAACAGCAGAUAGCAGAUUUACAGGAAGAUUUGAAAAGAAAGGAAGCAAAAUGGUCAAGCACACAUGGCCGUCUUAGAAGCCAAAUAGAAAUGUUGGUCAGAGAGAACACAGACCUCAGGGAAGAAAUAAAAGUGAUGGAAAGAUUCCGAUUAGACGCCUGGAAGAAAGCAGAAGCUACAGAGAGCAACAUAAGGAUGGGUCCGUGUGUGACUGCCACAAAAAAAGAUGGAUCCAUGAAUUCAUCAGUUCGAUUACAAAAGAGUCAGAUUUCUUCAGGAACCCAGGUAGAAAAAUACAAGAAAAACCAUUUGCCAACACAAGGUAAUCCAUCUCGAAGAUCCAAGACUGUGCCUCCUCGUGACUUAGGCAAUUUGGAUAAGGGACAAACUGCCUCACCCAGGGAGCCCCCUGAAUCAGUGGACCUUUCAGAUCCCGAAUAUAAAAAGGAUGACAAAAAAGAGGAAAAAGAAGAAAUCCAGGGAGAAAUCAGUCAUCCUGAUGGAAAGAUAGAAAAGGUUUAUAAGAAUGGGUGCCAUGUUAUAUUGUUUCCAAAUGGAACUCGAAAAGAAGUGAGUGCAGAUGGGAAGACUGUCACCGUCACUUUCUUUAAUGGUGAUGUGAAGCAAGUCAUGCCAGAUGAGAGAGUGAUCUACUACUAUGCAUCUGCCCAGACCACUCACACUACUUACCCAGAAGGUCUAGGUUCUUGAGCUUCAAGUGGACAAAUAGAAAAACACUUCCCAAAUGGGAGAAAAGAAAUCACGUUUCCUGACCAGACGAUCAAAAACCUAUUUCCUGAUGGACAAGAAGAAAGUAUUUUUCCAGAUGGUACAAUUGUAAGAGUACAAAGAGAUGGCAACAAAAUCAUAGAGUUUAAUAAUGGCCAAAGAGAACUACACACUGCCCAGUUCAAGAGACGGGAAUAUCCAGAUGGCACUGUUAAAACCGUAUAUACAAAUGGUCAUCAAGAAACAAAGUACACAUCUGGUCGAAUAAGAGUUAAAGACAAGGAUGGUAAUAUCCUAAUGGAUACAAAAUUGUAA